CGAGAGUCUCUUCCGCGAGAGGAGAGGGGAGACCCUCGGCCGGCUGCUUCGGAGCGCGCCUGCGCGCGCGCCCCGUCGCCGUUCUCUCCUGAGGCAAGCGGGAACAGGGGGGAGGGAAGGAGAGGCAAAGCGAGAGGGCGCUACCGCUGCUGCUUCUUUCUCUCCUCGGAGCCGGGCGCGUGGCUUCUUUGUGUGGUGCAGCUGGUCCCAGAGGCAGAGAGAGAGAGAGGCAAAACCCGGGGGCUUGCCGUUGGAAGGGGUGGGGAAAGAGAGCGAGAGAGGACGGACGGACGGACGGACAGCUUUCACCCCCCCCGCGCACACUCCAGCCCCCCUCCUACGUCUCCAAGUGGGCGCCAGAGAGACUCCCCCUUCCUGCCCCCCUCAGCUGCCCUCACCUGUCUCUCCCUCCCCACCUUCGGCUCACCUGCCGCUCUGUCCCCUCCCCGUCUCUAUCAUCCCAUCCCUUGUUUGUGUUUGGUUCCCCCCCCUCCUCCUCCUCUUCCCUCCCGCCUCGUUCUUCAGGAAGCGUCGCCUCUUCCCACUCCGCGCAGAUUCCCAACAACUUGAUCAACGCUCUUCCUUCCAAAGCGGGGCCCUUUUUUUUGGAAGGUGGAUCUAUUGAAAGCCCCUCAGAGCUUCACCCCUUUUGGGGACCACACAGACUUCCUCCCUUUAACUCUUCUUCCAUUCCCCCCUUUUCUCUCCUCUCCCCCCCCCAGCAGCCCCCAAAUCCCUUCAACAUGGAUGUAAGAUUUUAUCCAGCUGCGUCUGGAAGCUCUCUUCCCGGAGACCCUUCCAAUCUGGACUUUGCCCAGUGUUUGGGUUACUACAACUACAAUAAGUUUGGCAACAAUAAUAACUACAUGAACAUGGCUGAAGCAAACAAUGCAUUUCUUGCUGCAAAUGAGCAAACAUUCCACACUCCAAGUCUUGGAGAUGAAGAGUUCGAGAUCCCACCAAUCACGCCACCACCUGAACUGGAUCCCACCAACUUAGGGAUGGCAGAUAUACUGUUGCCAUUUCAAGGUCUAAGCGAUCAGUUGGCUGCGCAAGGGAAUGAGUUCACACCCCAGUUUCCACCACAGAGCUUGGAUCUUCCUUCCAUUACAAUAUCUCGAAACCUUGUGGAACAAGAUGGUGUCAUCCAAAGCAAUGGGUUGCACAUGGAUCAUAGUCACACAGAUGUGCCUCAGUAUCGCCAAGAUCACUCUUUGAUUAUGAGAUCCAUUGUCCACAUGACAGAUGCUGCUCGGUCAGGAAUUAUAUCUCCUAACCAGCUGACCACUAUUAACCAAUCCCAGCUAAGUGCUCAACUGGGGUUGAAUCUGGGUGGUGCCAACUUGCCACACACUUCCCCAUCCCCUCCUGCAAGCAAAUCUGCAACCCCUUCUCCAUCCAGUUCUAUAAAUGAGGAAGAUGCAGAGGACUCAAACAGGACUGCAGGAGAAAAGAGAGCUGCCCCAGAUUCUGGCAAGAAGCCCAAGACUCCGAAGAAGAAGAAAAAGAAAGACCCCAAUGAACCACAGAAGCCCGUGUCGGCAUAUGCCCUGUUCUUCAGGGACACACAAGCUGCAAUUAAAGGGCAGAACCCCAAUGCUACAUUUGGAGAGGUUUCAAAAAUUGUAGCAUCUAUGUGGGAUAGCCUAGGAGAAGAGCAAAAACAGGUAUAUAAAAGGAAAACAGAAGCUGCCAAGAAAGAAUACCUUAAGGCACUCGCUGCCUACAGAGCCAGUUUGGUUUCCAAGGCUGCCGCUGAGUCGGCUGAAGCCCAAACAAUCCGUUCCGUCCAGCAGACACUGGCGUCUACAAAUCUGUCGUCCUCCCUUCUCCUGAACACACCUCUUUCCCAACACGCAGCCGUGGCCACUUCGCCCCAGACUCUUCAGCAAUCCCUCCCCAGGGCAAUCGCCCCCAAGCCUUUAGCUAUGAGGCUGCCCAUGAAUCAGAUUGUUGCCUCGGUCACUGUUGCACCCAACCUGCCCACAAACAUUUCCACCUCGCUGAUAAACUCCAUGGGGAGCAACAUGGUGGGCGCGUCAGCGUCGGCGUCCUCCCAAGUCAGCCCUUCCUUGCAGAGCCAGCAGCACCAGCUGCAGCAGCUGCAACAGCUCCAGCAGCAGCAGAUGCAGCAACAGCAGCUCCACCAGCAGCACAUGCACCAACAGAUCCAACAGCAAAUGCAGCAGCAGCAUUUCCAGCACCACAUGCAGCAGCACCUGCAGCAGCAGCAGCACCUGCAGCAGCAGCUGAACCAGCAGCAAAUGCAGCAGCAGCUCCAGCACAUGCAGCUCCAGCAGAUGCAGCAGCGGCAGCACAUGCAGCAGCACCAGUCGCAGCCUUCCCCACAGCAACAUUCCCCGGUGGCCUCGCAGAUAACCUCUCCGAUCCCCAGCAUCGGAAGCCCGCCGCCAGCCACCCAACAGCACCAGUCCCAAAUACAAACCCAGACACAGACUCAGCUAUUAUCACAGGCCAGCAUUUUCUGAAAACGCAUGUUGACAAGCUGCUUUGAAUCAAGCAAAGGUGAACCGUAUAUGGCUGGAAACUGUACAUUGCUGAUGGUAGUUAUGCAGGGAUGCAUAACAGUUAAAGUGAGUCUCUAAGCUGUCUAUUAGAUAGGCAAUAAAGAACUACAAUGUAGCUGUGUAUACUCUUUUAGCUGACUAUAAAAAUAUUUGUUUUUCUCUUUUUUUCCAACCUUUUUAUUAUUAUUAUUAAAUGCUGUGCUCUUUUUUUUUAAUUUAUUUUGAGCUUUACCCACUAUAUGUGAAUCAGUCUUGGAUAUGCCUGGGCAUUAAGACAAAAAAAAAGGCCUUUUCACAGCUUCAGAUAAAAAUUGAUUAGUUAAUGCACUUCAAAUCAGUUGGUUGGGAUUUUUCUUCAUUUGAACUCAUGAAGACCUUACAGCACAUUUGUAACUACCUGUAAAAUGUUGAUUGGAUUUCAUGCAAUCACACUCGUGUGACAUGAGUAGUUGACGGUGUUUUUCUCUGUCAUAUAUAUAUAUGUAUAAAGAUUAAUGUAAAAAUCAUAGACUUUUGCCAAAGCUCCUUUUUUCUUUUUAAAAUGUAUUCUGAAAGAAAAAAAUGCAAGCAAAAAGUUCUUAAAUGUCAGAGCCCAUCUUGUCAUCACAGCUAUAAUUUCUCUAAACAUUGCAAUGCUUUGUUAUAAAGUAUAUUACUACCCUUUUCAUUACAGUUUUAAAAAAUGUGAAUAUUCUAUUCUGUGUUUGGGUGAUAAUUUUCAGAUUUAAUACACUGUAUUUUUAAAAAAAGCAAAUGCACUUAAAUAAAACUGUUAUUACAAAAAAAAAGUUAAGAAGGAGAAAAUGUGAGUUUUUUAAAAAAUAUCUAUGCUGUAAUACCAGUAGACUAUUUAAAAGGAUUGCUACAUCUGAAUAAUCAGUGUAAAUAUUUUCUUUAAAAAGUUGUAAGUUUUUCAUAUCAUGUGUUGUAAAGUUUUCAUAAAUGAGGCUUUAAUGUAAACACUGGUAACAUGAAUG